GUAUGACCGGGCCCGUUACCAUAACCGAGGGGUCUUCAACCUUCGAAAUCGAAACAAAGGUUAACUACCAACAAGACAAGACUAGUUCUGCAACAGAGGAGACUAGUGAGAGACUGUACUCAAAUCAAAUGAGAAGAGCACGGGAGUUUCGUUCAACUGAGGUUUCAAAAUCUCAGACAAUCCAGAUCGCUGAAUCAACGAGACUUUCCAGGAAAGUUUUUCCAUGGAUCCAAACACAGCUGAGACGAAUGCGACUUCAAUUCCAGAUUGAAUGGCCGACGCCGACUCGUUAAGGAGAGAACCAAUGACAAAUCUGAUGAUUAUGAUGAUUCCCUCAAAGCUCAGGUACACAUCCCGACUCAUCUCUUUCCUUUACCUCCGAAACUCAAUCCAUACCUCACCAUCCUUGCAAUGGAAGCCCCUCCGGCACCAAUCCAAGUUGACCCGACCCGAAAUUCUCGAUCGGAUAUGCCGCCUUCUAGUCCUCCAACGAUUCGACGCUAUCGCCACUCUCUCCUUCAAUUUCUCUGACGACCUCCUUGACGACGUUCUUCGAAAACUCAAAUUAAACCCUACCGCUUCUCUACAUUUCUUCAAAUUGGCUUCAAAGCAACAAACUUAUAGACCACACGUCAAAGCUUAUUGCAAAAUCGUCCAUAUACUGUCCAGAGCUCGAAUGUUCGAUGAAACGAGGUUGUAUUUGAAUGAACUCAUUGAAUUAAGUAAAAGAAAGCACUCAGUUUCUUCCAUCUGGGAUGAAGUGGUUCGCGUUUAUAGAGAAUUUUCAUUUUCGCCGACGGUUUUUGAUAUGAUAUUGAAGAUUUAUGCAGAGAAGGGGUUGACAAAGAAUGCAUUAUAUGUGUUUGACAAUAUGAGUAAGUGUGGACGUGUGCCGGGCUUGCGGUCUUGCAAUAGUUUGUUAAGUAAAUUAGUUAAAAAUGGUGAAUUUCAUACUGUUUUUUCUGUGUAUGAUCAGAUGAUUAGAGUUGGGAUUGUUCCGGAUGUGUAUACUUGUACAAUAAUGGUGAAUGCGUAUUGCAAGCAUGGUAGAGUGGGUAAAGCUGUAGAAUUUGUAGAAGAAAUGGAGAACAAAUUGGGUCUUGAGCCUAAUAUUGUGACUUACCAUUGCUUGGUAAAUGGGUUUGUUGAUAUGGGCGAUGUGAAUGGAGCUGAAGGAGUAUUGAGGUUAAUGAAUGAAAAAGGGGUCUCAGGGAAUGUUGUCACGUAUACAUUGUUGAUUAAGGGUCAUUGUAAGCAAGGGAAGUUGGAAGAAGCGGAGGACAUGCUUCGAGGCAUGAAGGAGGAGGAGUUGGUUGUAGAUGAGCAUGCUUAUGGAGUGUUAAUUGAUGGGUAUUGUAGAAUUGGCAAAAUGGAUGAUGCUGCUAGGAUUCAGGAUGAGAUGUUGGGAUUAGGCUUGAAGAUGAAUUUGUUUAUUUGCAAUUCCAUGAUCAAUGGGUAUUGCAAGCUUGGUCAAAUUGUUAAAGCUGAGGGAGUUUUAAUGAGUAUGGAUAAUUGGAACCUCAAGCCCGAUUCUUAUAGCUACAAUACAUUACUGGACGGGUGCUGCAGGGAAGGUUGUAUAACUGCGGCUUUCAAGCUCUGUGACCAGAUGCUCUGUGACGGUGUAGGUCUGACUAUUGUAACUUAUAAUACUCUUCUGAAAGGUCUAUGUCAAACUGGUGCAAUUAAUAAUGCAUUGCACCUUUGGCAUUUGAUGUUACAUAGAGGCUUGGCUCCUAAUGAGGUUGGAUAUUGUACUCUGCUUGACGGGCUUUUCAAAAUGGGGGAUUCUGAAGGGGCUUUAGUGUUAUGGAAGCAUGUUCUAGCAAAGGGCUUCACCAAAAGCAGGAUUGCUUUCAAUACAAUGCUUAACGGAUUGUGUAAGAUGGGGAAAAUGGUUGAAUCAGAGCAGCUUUUUAACAAGAUGAAGGAGCUCGGCUGUCCACCUGAUGCAAUAACUUAUAGGACCCUAAGUGAUGGGUAUUGUAAAGUUGAGAACAUUGAAAAAGCUUUCAAAGUUAAGGAUGUGAUGGAAAGGGAAGCAAUUCCUGGUUCCAUUGAAAUGUAUAACUCACUUAUUAGUGCGCUCUUCAAGGCUAAAAAGUCAAGCGAAGUAACAGAUCUACUUGCUGAGAUGCACAUUAGGGGUUUAAGCCCAAACAUUGUUACUUAUGGAGCCCUCAUUGCUGGUUGGUGCAGAGAAGGAAUGAUGGAUAAAGCUUUCCAUUUAUACUUUGAGAUGACAGAAAAGGGGUUAGCUCCCAAUAUAAUUAUAUGCAGCGCAAUUGUCAGUGGCUUAUACAGGAUUGGUAGGAUAGACGAAGCAAACAUGCUGUUGCAGAAGAUAAUGGAUUUUGAUUUUGUUCCCGGCCAUUACUUUUCUGACAGUUUCCUCAACUCUGACACUAGAUCAGUAGAUGCUCAGAAAAUUGUAAAUACCCUUGAAGAAAGUGCAAAAAGCUUUCUUCUACCCAACAAUGUUGUUUACAAUGUAGCUAUAUCAGCCAUAUGCAAAUUUGGGAAGGUAGACGAAGCAAGAAAACUUAUAUCUGCUUUGCUACUGAGGGGCUUUACUCCAGAUAAUUUUACAUACUGUACCCUAAUCCAUGGUUUUUCAGUUGCUGGUAAUGUUGAUGAAGCUUUUGCGUUACGGGAUGAGAUGUUGAAGAAGGGUAUUGUUCCAAGUAUCAGUAUAUACAAUGCUCUUAUAAAUGGGCUUUGUAAAUCAGGAAACCUUACUCGAGCACUGAGGCUUUUCCAUAAACUGCACUCAAAAGGUUUAACUCCUAAUGUUGUAACCUAUAAUACAUUGAUUGAUGGAUACUGUAAGAGUGGCAAUAUUGAUGAGGCCCUUAAACUGGAAGAGAAAAUGAGAGAAAAAGGGAUCACUGCUUCAGUCGUGACCUACUCUGCUCUAAUCAAUGGCCUUUGUAAGCUAGGUGAUAUCAAAGAAUCUACGAAGCUUUUGUCUCGAAUGAUGAAAACUGGUGUGGACCCUAACCUUAUGACACACUACACAUCGGUGCAAGGAUACAUUAAAAAUGGAGACAUAGAAAAGAUGUCCAGUCUUCAUAAUGUUCCGAAUAACUGUAGCCUUUCUUCUGGCAGAAUUUAUCAAGGGACAGAGUCGACAGAAGCCUCAGGCUAUACAGGACAUCUUGAUGCAAGUAACCUGUUUGCAGUUGUUUGUUGAUGCAGCUCAGUGAUCCAACCAAUUUUCCCUGACAAAUUUUCUGCCAAUCGAGGAAGUCUGGUCAUUGCUUGUGCUCUUGAGCGUGCAGUAAUGCACAUUGUGGGGUUUGAAUUCCAUAUUAAUACUGACCACACGUGCUUUAAUGUCAUCUACAGAGCCCAGGAUGUGGCUCAUCAGGUUUAUUUCUCAUCGAAUUAUGAUCUCGACCAUCUGAGUGUUUCUUGGUCGAUGAUUGACCAUUGAAAGCCUUCAGUGGCAGGCAUAUUCCCGAAAGCCAUUAAUAUGAAUGAGUGGGACCAAUGAUGAAAACAACCAUACAUUUGAACCUAAGGACUGUUUGAAGGUCCUUGCUCUGCUGCUUCUGUACAAAUUACAUUCUCGUCGGACAGACAUAUUUGUCCAUCAAAUAGACGGUGUUUGGCAUGCUCACCAGAUUGUAUUUCUGUAUUGCAACUCAGCAAGCCAUAAUUUUAUCUACUUGGCUAAGCUAUAGGAAUCCGUUUGCUCGAAUCAGCACCUUGCAUGGCCACACCUGCCUCAUGCGAAGCCCGUGACAGGUGCAACUUCGCUCUACAGUCAUUUUUUUUUUGUAAAGAUAUUACCAAUUCUUCUCCAGAAAUAAGGCCACAACAGAAUCUAACAGUAAAAAUGAACCUUUUAAAGGCUUGUACAACUGACAAUAUUUUUGUCUGAUACUGGUUGAUUGAGCUUCCAGGUACAUUGUUGACAUC